CUGGGGCCGGAGCUGGGCAUUCAUCCAUCCACAAUCCCCUGGCUGGGGUCAGGGUGGGGGUGCCGCGAGCGCGCUUUCGUAAGGGGUCCUGCCCUCAGUCUUAACGCGUGUCUGUUUGUUCUCAGCCCCGAGGUGCGUCCCGGAUUCCAGUGCGCGUCUAGGAAGAAGCCUGCGUCCCGGGGAGUGCCGGCAGCGCCGCCGGCCGGUGCUCGGCGCGCCGGGCCAUGCAGCGGCGGCCGCCGCGGAGCUCCGAGCGGCGGUAGCGCCCCCUGUGAGGCGGCCAGAGAUGCCCCGGCCACUGUGAACGGUGCCGCCCGCCAGGACACGCUCAGCCCCGGCCACUGUAGGCUCUGCGCGCCCGCUACAAACACCGGGGCGAGGGAGCGGCGAGCGCGGCACAGGCCGCCCAGCAGGGGCAGGGGAAGCCGGCCGGUGCAGCGCGGGGACACGUACUCAGUCUGACUCGGGCUGGCACUGGAGGCUAGGGAUGUCGUCCUGGACGAGGUGGCAUGGACCCGCCAUGGCGCGGCUCUGGGGCUUCUGCUGGCUGGUUGUGGGCUUCUGGAGGGCCGCUCUCGCCUGUCCCACGUCCUGCAAGUGCACCGCCUCUCGGAUCUGGUGCAGCGACCCUUCUCCGGGCAUCGUGGCGUUUCCGAGGUUGGAGCCUAAUAGUGCAGACCCUGAGAACAUCACCGAAAUUUACAUUGCCAAUCAGAAAAGGUUGGAAAUCAUCAACGAAGAUGAUGUUGAAGCUUACGCAGGACUGAAAAAUCUGACAAUUGUGGAUUCUGGAUUAAAAUUUGUGGCUCAUAAAGCGUUUCUGAAAAACAGCAACUUACAGCACAUCAAUUUUACCCGAAAUAAACUGACCAGCUUGUCUAGGAAACAUUUUCGUCACCUUGAUUUGUCUGAACUGAUCCUGGUGGGCAAUCCAUUUACAUGCUCCUGUGACAUUAUGUGGAUCAAGACUCUUCAGGAGACUAAAUCCAGCCCAGAAACUCAGGAUUUGUACUGCCUAAAUGAAAGCAGCAAGAAUAUUCCCCUGGCAAACCUGCAGAUACCCAAUUGUGGUUUGCCAUCAGCAAAUUUGGCCGCACCUAACCUCACUGUGGAGGAGGGAAGGUCUAUCACAUUAUCUUGCAGUGUUUCAGGCGAUCCAGUUCCGAACUUGUACUGGGAUGUCGGUAAUCUGGUUUCCAAGCAUAUGAAUGAAACGAGCCACACACAGGGCUCCUUAAGGAUAACUAACAUUUCAUCUGAUGACAGUGGAAAGCAGAUCUCCUGUGUGGCAGAAAAUCUUGUAGGAGAAGACCAAGAUUCUGUCAACCUCACUGUACAUUUUGCUCCAACUAUCACAUUUCUCGAAUCUCCAACCUCAGACCACCACUGGUGCAUUCCAUUCACUGUGAAAGGCAACCCCAAACCAGCUCUUCAGUGGUUCUAUAACGGGGCGAUACUGAAUGAGUCCAAGUACAUCUGUACUAAAAUCCAUGUUACCAAUCACACGGAGUACCAUGGCUGCCUCCAGCUGGAUAAUCCUACUCACAUGAACAAUGGGGACUACAAGUUAGUAGCCAAGAACGAGUAUGGGAAGGAUGAGAAACAGAUUUCUGCUCACUUCAUGGGCUGGCCUGGAAUCGUAGAUGGUGCCAACCCAAAUUAUCCUGAUGUAAUUUAUGAAGAUUAUGGGACUGCAGCAAAUGACAUUGGGGACACCACGAACAGAAGUAACGAAAUCCCUUCCACAGAUGUGGCGGACAAAAGCGGUCGGGAACAUCUUUCGGUCUAUGCUGUGGUGGUCAUUGCAUCUGUGGUGGGAUUUUGUCUGCUGGUGAUGCUGUUUCUGCUGAAGUUGGCAAGACACUCCAAGUUUGGCAUGAAAGGCCCAGCUUCAGUUAUCAGCAAUGAUGAUGACUCUGCCAGCCCACUCCACCACAUCUCCAAUGGGAGUAACACCCCAUCAUCUUCAGAGGGCGGCCCCGAUGCCGUCAUUAUUGGAAUGACCAAGAUUCCUGUCAUUGAAAAUCCCCAGUACUUUGGCAUCACCAACAGUCAGCUCAAGCCAGACACAUUUGUUCAACACAUCAAGCGACAUAACAUUGUUCUGAAAAGGGAGCUAGGCGAAGGAGCCUUUGGAAAAGUUUUCCUAGCUGAAUGCUAUAACCUCUGUCCUGAGCAGGACAAGAUCUUGGUGGCAGUGAAGACGCUGAAGGACGCCAGUGACAACGCCCGCAAGGACUUCCACCGUGAGGCAGAGCUGCUGACCAACCUCCAGCACGAGCACAUUGUCAAGUUCUACGGUGUCUGUGUGGAGGGCGACCCGCUCAUUAUGGUCUUUGAGUACAUGAAGCACGGGGAUCUAAACAAGUUCCUCAGGGCCCACGGGCCUGACGCUGUGCUGAUGGCCGAAGGCAACCCGCCGACAGAGCUGACGCAGUCCCAGAUGCUGCACAUCGCCCAGCAGAUCGCGGCGGGCAUGGUCUACCUGGCGUCCCAACACUUUGUGCACCGAGAUCUGGCCACCCGGAACUGCCUGGUCGGUGAGAACCUCCUGGUGAAAAUCGGGGACUUCGGGAUGUCCCGGGAUGUGUACAGCACUGACUACUACAGGGUCGGUGGCCACACCAUGUUACCCAUUCGCUGGAUGCCUCCAGAGAGCAUCAUGUACAGGAAGUUCACCACAGAAAGUGAUGUCUGGAGCCUGGGAGUCGUGUUGUGGGAGAUCUUCACGUACGGCAAACAGCCCUGGUACCAGCUGUCGAACAACGAGGUGAUAGAAUGCAUCACUCAGGGCCGAGUCUUGCAGCGACCUAGAACAUGCCCCCAGGAGGUGUAUGAGUUGAUGCUGGGGUGCUGGCAGCGAGAGCCCCACAUGAGGAAGAACAUCAAGGGCAUCCACACCCUCCUUCAGAACUUGGCCAAGGCAUCUCCGGUCUACCUGGAUAUUCUGGGCUAGGGCCCUUUCCCCCAGACCGAUCCUUCCCAAAGCACCUCCUCAGAUGGGCCGAGAGGAUGAACGUCUUUUAACUGCCGCUGGAUGCCAUCAAUCUGCUGUUCUGCACUCCGACAGUAUUAACAACAAAGACACCGAGAGGCUUUCAGAGGGAAGCCAUGUGCACUUCUCCAUCCGCAGACACAGUAUGGACUUCUUUUUGGCAUUAUCUCUUUCUCUCUUUCCAUCUCCCUUGGUUUCUUCCCUAGUUUUUCUUUUCUUUUUUCCUUUUUCUUUUGUCUCUCCCUUUUUUGUUUUUUGGGGUGGUUUUUUUUUUUUUUGUCUUCCUUGCUUUACAGUCCUUACUCUUUGUUUUGAAUCAAUCUGGCUUCUGCAUUACUAUUAACUCUGCAUAGACAAAGGCCUUAACAAACCUAAUUUGUUAUAUCAGCUGACACUCCAGUUUGCCCACCACAACUAACAAUGCCUUGUUGUAUUCCUGCCUUUGAUGUGGAUGAAAAAAAGGGAAAACAAAUAUUUGACUUAAACUUUGUCACUUCUGCUGUACAGACAUCGAGAGUUUCUAUGGAUUCACUUCUAUUUAUUUAUUAUUAUUACUGUUCUUAUUGUUUUUGGAUGGCUUAAGCCUGUGUAUGAAACAGGAAAACUUGUGUUUAAUCUGGGAAGCCUUUAUCUAUGGGAGAUUAAAACCAGAGAGAAAGAAGAUUUAUUAUAAACCACAGUAUGGGAGGAACAAAGACAACCAUUUGGAUCAGCUGGCGUCAGUCCCUACUUAGGAAAAACCCAGCCACUGUUAGCUGGGAGGAAUGUAUUCGGCACCUUCCCCUGAGGAGCUUUCUGAGGAGUAAAAAGACUGUUGAACUCUGUGCCAUGGACUAUUCUUUUCCCAUCACCGGAAACACUAGGGUGUAGUUGAGAGAAAAGAUGGCUUCCAUGGGACGCAAGAUGGCGCAUCACACGCUCCGACAGUCUUGUCUUUGCAGGUCACGGUGAUAGCACUGGUUUGUUUUUCCAAGUGUUGUCCACUGAACCUUUGUCAAGUUUAGCUGAAAAUGGGUGCAUUCUUGUCCAGAGAUCAUUUCAGGGUCAGGUGGGAAAGCCAAAGACUUGGAAAAGAUAGGACAAGCUAUAAGUUCGGAGGCAUUAUAUUGAACUUUUCAGAUAGCACUUCCUCCGACUCCUACCCUCCACCCCACCCGUCCUUUCAACUGUGCAAGCAAAAUUGUGCAUGGUCUUCGUCGAUUAAUACCUUGUGUGCAGAAACUACCGCUCCAGACGUCGUGCCCCUGAUAUGUAGAGCAGAUCCAUAAAAGGUAUAACUUGUAUACUUAGGGGAAGCUAAUGGAGUUCAUUAGCUAAGUAUAAAUGUCUCUGGGUUGUAUGGUGGUGAUGGGUUUUAACGAAUACGGACCCCGAAGCCACGUCGAACCAACUGUGGGACUGUGGGAAGGGAACACUCAGUUCCUAAGGGAAAAGAAACCUCACCCUGGGGGCAUCACAUGCAUUGAUGUUCAGUGUGCACAGGCCAAGACCUUGCUCUGGGUUCUGGUUGGGAGAGUGGUUUCAUUCCAAGAGUACUCCAUUGUCAGUUUGGGUUUUUUUUUUGUU